GCCGUAUAUUUGCAGAAGCGUCUCUCUCUCUCUCUCUCUCUCUCUCUCCAUUUCUGCAUCGCGAAUCUGAGAGAGCCUCUGCGCGCGUUCCGAUUCAUCUAGAUAUUGGUUUAUGAGCACCUCCAAGGAGAAGCCCACUCUAGGUGGUACGCGGAUUAAGACCCGCAAACGGAAUAUUGCAGCACCGCUGGACACUGCAUCAUUUGCGGAUGCAGUGGUCCAAAUCUAUCUAGAUAAUGCUGGCGAUCUGGAACUUGUUGCUAAGAGCAUUGAAUCAUCAGAACUUAACUUCAGUAGAUACGGCGACACUUUCUUUGAGGUUGUAUUCACAGGAGGUCGUACUCAACCUGGAACAGUAAAACCCGAUGAGGGGGAGCGCCACCCUUAUUCUGUGAUUGAGUGUGAGCCUAAGCGCGAAGUCAUUUUGCCAUCUGUCAUCUUUGUGCAAAAGAUAUUGAGAAGAAAACCGUUUCUCAUAAAGAGCCUUGAAAAUGUUAUGCGGCGACUGUUGCAGUCGUUGGAACUUUUUGAGGAAAAGGAAAGGAAGAAGCUUGCAAUUUUUACAGCCCUUGCCUUUUCCCAGAAACUCUCUGGUCUUCCGCCAGAGACAGUGUUCCAACCUAUGCUCAAGGACAACCUUGUCGGGAAAGGGAUAGUUCUCUCAUUCAUAACAGAGUUUUUCGCAGAAUAUUUGAUCGACAACAGUCUUGAUGACUUGAUCUCAAUUUGUAAGAGAGGCAAAGUGGAGGACAAUCUCUUGGAGUUCUUCCCAUCUGCAAAGAGGACACCUGAAGCUUUCUCUGAGCAUUUCACCAAUGCUGGCCUUUUGCCCUUGGUUGAAUACCAUGAGAAGAAGAUUCUUGAGGUGAAACUCAAGGAAAUGAAAACCACAUUAACGACUCAAAUAUCCGGAGAAGUUGAUAUCUCUGAGGUCAUAGAUACUGUAAAACAGCAUGUUAAAGAUGCCAAACUUCCAGAUAUUGAUGCUGUUAGGAUCCUUUGGGAUGUAUUGAUGGAUGCCGUUCAAUGGUCUGGGAAAAAUCAACAGCAGAAUGCUAAUUUAGCUCUGCGUCAGGUCAAGACAUGGGCAAAACUGCUGAAUGCAUUUUGCACGAGUGGAAAGCUGGAACUGGAACUGAUAUAUAAGGUUCAAGUGCAAUGCUAUGAGGAUGCAAAGCUGAUGAAAUUGUUUCCCGAAAUCAUUAAGUCACUUUACGACCAGGAUGUACUGGCUGAAGACACCAUUCUUCAUUGGUUCCGCAAAGGAACUAACCCCAAGGGCAGACAAUCAUUUGUGAAAUCACUGGAACCCUUCGUGAAGUGGCUAGAGGAGGCAGAAGAAGAGUAACGACCCUCUCAGAAGGGCGGACAGCCGUGGAGUGCAUCGUACUCUCUUAUUCAAGUAUCAAUAUGUCUGCAAUGUUCCUUGGAGAAUUGUAUUUGUUUGUUUUUAUUUUCUUUGUAAACGUGGCGGCGGGUGUUCGGGACUCACGAUGCUCACUUCUUGGGGAUGUUUUUAAGAUCUAUUGACCUGAUACAUUUGCAUUGUUCCUGUUUAUCUUCUCUCACAAAAUUCAGUGUUUCGACUUGGACCUUGUUACUAAAACAAAUUGAUAAUU